AUCAGUUAUUGCAUGAGAGUGAGCGUUGAGAUAGUUCUAUAGCUACUGAGACGCAUUUUUUCAUUGCUCUAACGCCGUUUAUACAAUGCGAAGGUCUAUGAACAUGUGGCUGCCCCAUCUGGGGCUGUCACAGAGGGAUAGACUGACCAUACUGAAUGACCAGGGUAUAAGCAUCCCCAUUAUUGAUGCCGCGCAGUACAUACUGCGCAAACAAUUUAAUGUGGAAGGCUUGCAGCCUGCAGUACUAGGAGAGACAGGAUCCUUCAGCUCCAUCUCUGGUCCGUCAAUCCAGAUACACCCAGAUAAGGAUGACAAACACUUCUACGUGUCCUGUUUCAGAAAUGGGCAGGUGCAGAUUGCGGACAGCGAUGGAUGGCGGCUUACCCCCUCUGGCAGCAGGCAACUACAGGAUCUCUACCAGGCUGUUGUCCCGAAAGACCUGCUGACCAACAUUAACAUCCUGAAUGUGGAGCAACAGAGGCCAGACUCCAUGGACUGCGGACUAUAUUCUAUCGCCAAUGUCGUGGAGUUCCUCUUCACCGGUGACUUUCCCAGGCGCAGAUUCAGCCAGAGAAAGCUACGGCAACAUCUCAUAAAGUGCCUGGAAGAUGGGGAAUUUACACCCUUUCCCAAAAGAAGCCGUCGUAACAAACAGAGGAAUCCCGAUCCGGCCGUAUAUAGCAGCAGUCUAGAACCUGGAAAACGUUCACCUAUUCCAGAAUCUAGGAAAAGAAAGUGCCCUGAAGAGAAUGGAAACAACAAAAGGGGGAAACCUGAUUAAUUAGAUCCUAGGUGAAGCCGUCUGAUGUGAAUGGACUCCAACACAGAAUGAGGAAUCAGGCUCCACCGAGAAUGGCUGUGUCCCUCACUGAACACCUGAAUCAGCUUGUCCAGGCCUCAGAAUUAUACUGAGAACCCAAUGUCCGUCCAUAUAACAUCUAGGACAGGAUACUGGACAAGUAAUCCAUUCACACAUCUGUUAUGAUCCUGGGAUACUGGACGAGUAAUCCAUUCACUCAUCUGUUAUGAUCCAGUAAUCCAUUCACACAUCUGUUAUGAUCUGCUGACAUCCAGAAGAAUGGAGGAACGGAGCAGAGAAGUGUACGGAGCAAGGAGAUAAAGAUGGGAAAAAAGUGACUUUCUACAGACUGUGACAAGAGAGUGGUAUAACAAAGCAUUCUGCUGAAGUUCUAUCCAGAAAACCUGCACAAGAUUGCUUCAUAGCAUUCUGCUACAGAGCCAUCCAGAAAAUCUGCUCCCGUAUUGCUUCACAGUAUUCUGCUCCAGUG